CUUCUUUCUCCUAACCGUGGAUUAUUUAAUAUCAUGAAAACGGGUAUAGUAUAUUUGAGCUCGACGACUUUCCCCACUCGAAUUCUCCAACUGCGUGCUGGUCACCGUUCAAUACCUCUUACUAAUCAUCAACAUCAACCCCGAAUCAUCUCAACCUAUGUGCCCAUCAAACAUGCGCACUAUUGCCUUAGGUGCCUUUCUAGCUUCGGUCACUAUCAUGGCUUCUGCCUUGUCCACCGAUGGGCAGAUACCUCAGGCUCAAGCAGCGGUUGUCAAGAUGCUUCAGGAGCCUGCUCCUAAUUCAACAGAGACGACUACAACGGCUUCAACUACACCUACGUCUGCGAGUGAUAGUGCUUCAUGUGGUGUCAGUGAUAUCUUUGAUUGUGUCAAAGGAUUGGAGAAAACAGUCACAUCAUGCGCGACUGCAGCCUCUGAUUGGGGAGCAGAUAUUUCCAAGGAUAAGCAAUGUCUCGAGGAUGCAGAAAGUGUACAUUUCUUUGAAAUUUGUUGUCCUCGAGUUCUUUGCAGCUUUAAGCACUUGUUGAUCAAGCUGGGGCACCAAUCUAAAUCUGUCAGACUGUCCCUGAUUUGUUCAGAGUCGUCUGAUACCCUACAACUUGACAUCUUCCAUUCUUUUCCCUCCUCAUAAGACGUUACAUCCAAUUCAACAAAUUAACGUUUGUAGGUUUCAUACGCAGGUAU